AUGUCCCCGGUGGCCAAAGCAGACCAAAUUCAGGUCCUGGUAGUUGAUGAUGAUGACGCGGAUUAUGACGUGCUGUCACCAAAGCAGCCAUCAGCCCACAGCGGCAUUCAGGUCUUGGCUGAGAAGCGCUUGCGCGAGAAAGCAGAGGAGCGGGGCACGCAGCUGGCAGGAAAGGCGAAACGAUUGGGACAGGUGCUGCUGGCCCAAAAGCUGCUGAUCCAACGCCUUGAGAAGCAGAUUGCCGAGGAAGAGCUGCGUGUGGAGCAGAAAGAGCUCCGCCUGGCUGGUGAAGAGAAACUACACGUCCAGCUCAAGGUCGCUCUACGCCAAAGAUCAGAUGAAAUCGUGGUCGACAGGAUCCUCGGCAAGCUCUCUGUGCCACGAAGGGAGAGGGAUAAGGUCAAACAAUCUCUCGAAGAGCCUUCUGUCCGCUCGAAGUGA